CAAAGGCACAGAGCCAUUCAACAGAGGACAGAGCAGGCUUUGCAGCGCUGGAAAUACCUGGAAGCAAACUGUUUGGGUCUAAUUGUAUUGUAGACCACUAAACUUGCACUAGCGGCCUGGAGAGAGCAUUAGAAAAAGAAUAUGAGCAGUGGCAGGAAAAGGCAACCAGUGAAACAAGCGGAGGGGAGAGACACUGACCAGCAAACCUAGGAUUUCUCCUUUUUAUCACUGUGAAAAUCGGUGCAGGCGUGUGUCUGGGAUGUGAUGCGAUGGGGAGCUUUUGCACGCCCAGUGUGUAAGGAACAGCUGUGUGGCUGUGAAGAAUGAAUAUUGUCCCUUGAUUACUGCAAUGCCGAUUUAGAUUGCCUCAUUGAUUCGCUUCACGGAACCUGAUAGGUGAAGAGCGGAGGGGGGGAAAAAUCUACUCUCGUCGUCAUCGCCUCCUCAUUUUAAUUCCACAACCAUUGGGAUAUUGACAGUGGGUUGUUGUUUUUUCUUCUUCACAAGAUCUUAGGUGCAAGGGUUCAGGUUGAAACCAAAUUCUGUGGGUGUUUUUCUCAGUAUUUGCUUGGUUCUUUUGUGUUGUGCCUCACAGUUGGCUAAGCAGCCCUAUGCUGAAUCAAGCUAUUGUUUGGGAUCUCAGAGCUUUCACGCUACAAAUCUCUGCUCACUCCCCCUCCCCUUCUUUGGCUGAGAAGCCACAUAAUGUGCCUUUCCUCCACAUGAAUCUGGAAGCUAUAAGCUGGAUUGAUUGCAAAUGAAGUGUAAUGCAUUGUGGGACGUGUGUAAAAUUGGAUCAUUCGAGGGAGAAAACGAACGGACCUGCAGCUGGCUUCCUAGAAGAGGUAGCAGCAAAAUGUUUGCCGCCCAUGCUCAAGCUGUGUGCUUAAUGUUUUGAUGAGAAAAAGGGAACAGCGGUGAGGCCUGUGUCAUGCAGCUGGACAAUUAGGCUUCAGGUAGCCUCACAAUGAAGAAGACUCGGAGUACAACCUUACGCCGGGCUUGGCCUAGUGCUGAUUUCUCUGACCGGGCCUCAGACCGCAUGAGGUCCCGUAGUGAAAAGGACUAUCGCCUGCACAAACACUUUCCACCAGCUUUUAUUUCCCAGGCAUCACGAGGCUAUAUGACAUCAGGUGAUGUGUCGCCCAUCAGUAUGUCUCCAAUCAGUCAGUCACAGUUUAUCCCUCUUGGGGAAAUCCUUUGCUUGGCCAUCUCAGCUAUGAACUCUGCAAGAAAACCUGUCACGCAAGAAGCACUAAUGGAGCACCUGACCACCUGCUUUCCAGGUGUGCCGACCCCGAGCCCUGAAAUCCUGCGACAUACACUCAAUAUGCUUGUCCGAGAGAGGAAAAUCUAUCCGACUCCAGAUGGAUACUUUAUAGUGACCCCACAGACUUAUUUCAUAACUCCUUCCCUUAUAAGAACUAACAGUAAAUGGUACCACUUGGAUGAGAGGAUACCUGACCGGUCUCAGUGUACCUCUCCACAACCAGGAACUAUUACACCAUCCCCUUCCGGAUGUGUCAGGGACAGAACUCUCUCCAAAAACCACUGCGACUCUUGUCAUUGCUGCAGAGAAGAUAUGCAUAGUAUUCAUGCAUCUACCUUACAAAGGAAAUCUGCAAAAGACUGCAAAGACUCCUAUUGCCCUCCCUCAUUGUGCCAGAUACCCCCUUCAGAAAAAAGCAAAAGUACCAUAAAUUAUUCAUAUAAAACUGAAACCCUCACAAAACCUAAAGAUGGGGAAAAGCCAUCUAAAAAGUUUGGUCUAAAAUUGUUCAGGCUAAGUUUUAAAAAAGACAAGGCAAAACAGCUUGCCAAUUUUUCGGCCCAGUUCCCUCCUGAAGAAUGGCCCCUUAGGGAUGAGGACACCCCAAACACUAUACCCCGGGAAGUAGAGAUGGAGAUCAUUCGACGAAUUAACCCGGACUUAACAGUGGAAAAUGUCGUAAGGCACACUGCACUAAUGAAAAAACUUGAAGAAGAAAAAUCUCAGAGAAGCAAAGCUGGUUCAUCAGCUCAUCAUAGUGGGAGAAGCAGAAGGAGCAGGACACACAGAAAAACUCAUGGAAAAUCUCGGUCACAUAGCAAGAAUAGGGCUUCCAAAGGUGACCCUUCUGAAGGUUCCCAUUUAGACCUGCCUGGAGAGAGGGAGUAUGAGUUCUAUCAUCCUCGAAAUCGAUCGCCAAGGGAAGGUUGUUUUAUAAUGGAGCGCAAAGGAGGGGAGAAUUUUGUAGUGCUCAGUAAUCCAAACAUGAUUGAAUCUCAUUUUCCUAUUACACCAGAAUGGGAUGUAUCUGGUGAACUGGCAAAAAGGAGAACUGAAAUGCCUUUUCCUGAACCCUCCAGAGGGAGCUCCCAUUCAAAGGUUCAUCGAAGCCACAGCCAUACACAGGAUAGGAGGUCAAGAAAUGAAAGAUCAAAUAAAGCCAAGGAAAGAUCUAGGUCAAUGGACAACUCAAAGGGGCCUUUAAGUGGUGCUUCUUUAGGUACACCAGAUGAUCUAGGUGAAGGCUGCAGUCUUGAUGAUAAAACCCCAAGCCAGUCUUAUAUAGAUGAUGGCACUUUAAGGCCAUCGCAUAGUAGCUUGAGUCAUCAAAGGACUCUGUCUUACAAAGAUCCAUGCGUUCCAGAACUAGCUAGUGGUGGUGCCGAUACCCCUAAAUCGUGUAGCCUAAUGGAACAAGGCAAACUUCCAGAGACUUUAUCCUCUUACAGUGAACUUAAUUCUUGUUCCAAAAAAACAGCAGAUGACUAUUUUCAGUGUAAUACAUCUAGUGAAACAAUUCUCACUGCUCCAUCCCCUUUAGGAAAAAAUAAAGAGGACAUUGAUAUACCAAGUCUCACAGAAGGCUUGAAAAGACUUUCUCCUGCUGAGAAGCCACAACAACACAUAGCCAGAGAACAAGGUGACUACAAAGAUGAUUCACCAAAAGGCACUGUUAAUAGUCUGUCCGUUGCGGCUUCUGGGCAAACCCCAGAGGUGAUAGCAAAUGGACGAUUGGUACCACAUCACAAUGCAGAAUCAAGCAGCCUUGACAAAAGGAAAGAAAUAUUCAGUAAGGAUACGUUAUUCAAACCUUUGCACAAUAGCCUGUCUGUGAAUAGUUUUCAUAAAUCAGGUGUGAGUUUACUUAAAUCGCACCAAAAGACUUCUCCUGAAACACUGCCAGCAAGCAUUGAGAACUUUGAGCAACCUAUUACCACCUCAGUUACCCCAAACCUUGUCGUCUCACCACGGCCACAGGAGCCAGCAGGAAAUCAAGAAGCCUCUUUUGAUUAUUACAAUGUCUCUGAAGAUGACGAGUCAGAGGAAGGUACACAAAAGACAGCAGAGGAGGAAAAGAACCGAGAUGAUGUGGGGACGAUGCAGUGGCUGCUGCAACGGGAGAAGGAAAGGGAUUUACAAAGGAAGUUUGAGAAAAACCUUACACUUCUAAAUCCAAAGGAAACUGACAGCAGCAGCAGCCAGCGGGCCACACACUCGGCUCGUCUGGACAGCAUGGACAGUAGCAGCAUUACUGUAGAUAGUGGAUUUAACUCUCCACGUACACGUGAAAGCCUGGCUUCAAAUACUUCAAGCAUUGUAGAAAGUAACAGACGGCAGAACCCAGCUCUCAGUCCUGCCCAUGCCGGUGCUGGCCCAGCUUUUAACUUCCGAACAUCUGCUGCAGAAACGACGACGACGGAUGCUGAUAAACUACAGAAACCCGCUAACUGUUUGCAAGCUUCUGUAACCAGUGUUUGAUAGUCGCCCAGCCUCAAAUCUUGUUCUGUCUCAUCCUCUACAGCAAAGUUUACUACUACACUGGGACCGAUGUUUACAUCUCUUUACAAGCAAGCCUCACAUCCACAGUUUUUGUGUCUUUCUUAAACUGUGCUGCUAAAUAGCCCAGGGGGCAACAACAAGAACAGAAUACCAACUUUUUUUUUUAUGUAUUAUUAUUUUUAUUAUUAUUAUUUUGGUUUUUAUUUUAUUUUUGUUUGUUUCUUGUCAUCAUUCCUUUCCAUAAUGUAUAGCUCAGUAGGAAGUGAGUAACGAUAGAGGUUAAUAUGCACAUUAUUCUUCAUAUAAAUGUAACAGAGCACAUACAAGAGUCUAGACACUGGAAUCUGUUUUUUUUUUAGGGGGUUGUUCCUUUAAAGCAGCGGUGCUUGGUACAAAACACAGAUUUGUAUAUUAUUGGAAUGGUUUUUACCUUGGUUCCAUGUUAUCCUUAGUUAUUAAAGAAAAAGAGAAAAAAAUAUUUAUUUUUACCAAUUUACAAAUGGUACUACAUAGCUAAUUUUACAAAUAUUAUUACUUAAUGUCCAUGAUGUUUAGCAUAUGUGAAGAACCAAAAUAAGAUCACCAUAUCUCACUGCAAUAAUGAAUGCUCCAUCUGUGCUGCUUUCCCUUUUGCCUAUCUGCAAGUCUGUGUUUGUCACAUAGAGAAAUAAGAUGCAUUGGAUGUGUUGUUCAGGUACCUGCAUGGAGUAUACUGAAUGACUGUUGUGUUAUUCCUCGCUAAAAUAAUACACUUAUGUUCUUUAAAAUACAGUAUUAUCAACAUUAGUAAUUACACAGAAAUAAAGGUAAUGUAUCAUCAAAACUUGAAAAACUAUUACGUAUAAUAUACAGUAAGUAGUGUAAUAGUAGCGAAUUGCUGACUGUUGCAUAUUGGUACUUGGUGCCUAAAAGUGAGGUUGUGAAUAAGACUGUUGGCAGUGAAAUGCACACACACUCUCCUUCAUUUCCAGAGAAAUAGUAAUUGCUUACAUGGAAUCUUUUGGAAAUAGCCAGCAUUGUUUAUUUCUCGAAAGUAGCGUAAUAACACACAUAGCCAUGAAAUAUUGGCUAUAAUCUGUCCCUUAUUACCAGUGCUUUGUUUCUGAUGGUACUCAAUGGUACUAAAGGCUUUUUUUGUGUCCUUUUUAAUUCUUUGAACUACAUCUGAGAAUAGGAAGAAAUCUGUGAAAUAGUUUUGGAAAUGGAUAAAAUAGGCAUUGGAGUUUGCAAGCUACUAUAAAUCAGUUAUCAGCUUGUAAUUUUAGGGGAAAACCUGCAAUGAGUACCGAUAAACCGUCUUCAUUGGGAAAAAAAAGUGCUGUAUACUCCUAUUAAACCUGUGGGUUCUCUGCUCCUACCAAUAAAUGUUUUGCACAAUAUAUUAAUUUUUGCCCUGUAAGAUGAAAAAUCCUUAUCUUUGGUAAUAUGCUAGUAUUUAUUUAGACACAUUGGGGGAGAUUCAAAUGUUUGAAAAGUCGGUUGGGUGUCUGUUAUUUCCUGUCUAUUAGACAGGAAAAAACAGACAUCCAACCGACUUUUCAAACAUUUGAAUUCCACCCAUAACGUGUUCAAAACACAGUAUUGUACUCUGCUAGUAGGGCUGUGUGGGUAAUGAGAUAAGAUGAGGACCUUGCUUAUUCAGCAUUUUAUAUAGCGUUUUGCUGCCAUCUGCCAUGGUGUUGCAGAGAGAGAGGGAGAGCACUGCAGGGGCCAUCCAAACCUAGUGGGUGUGGGGGCUGCACAAGAGGCAGCCUGUGGUAUUACUAUGGAGAGGGACUCCCCUGACUCGUAUUAGGAAAUGCCUGCUGUGUUUGUUCUUCAGAAUGGUAUUUCUUUGGUCCUCUGACCAUCAUUGGCACUCUCAUUGCCCAUUGUAAUGGCCUUUCUGUUUCAUAGCUGGGCAGCUCUGUUGUACUGUAUUUUUAAUCAGCGAAUGAGCUUUAAUGUAAUGGGUUUUUAUUUUUUUUUAGAUUUUCAGUGAUACAUUCCCAUUGAACUAUUGUAUACCUAGCGCUGCUGCUUUAAAAUUCUACAUUUAAAACAUUCUGUUGUGCCACAACACUCUUGACUAUACCAACAAAGUUACAACUUAGCGGUGCCACAAACUAUUUUAAGGAGGAAUAGUGCCAAACCUGACUAUACAUUGCAAUCUGACUAUCAGCAUCUAUUUGAAGUAUCAACAGUUGUAUCUUUCAAAAUCUUUUCAAGCUAGUAAAUUAAUACCCCUUUUCCACGGUGUAGCGCGGAUCGCAGCCAUGUCGGCUGACACGGCUGCGACCCGUGCUACAGCCCCCUUUCACACAGCGCUCACCAACCCGGCAUAUUGCCGGGUUGGUUACGCUGCUAGUGACGCGGCAGGGGUGGCGCUGAAAGAUCACAUGACCUCCCAGUGCCGCUCUCCCAUACACUGUGAAUGGGAGCCGUGUUGCCUCGACACGGCUCCCGUUCACACUAGACAGCUUACCGGGUUGAACACGUGUUCAACCCAGCUAGCUACCCAGGUAGGAUUCCCGGAUCACUUGAUUUGGGAAUUUGCAGGGGGACCCUUUUCCACUAGGGAAAAACACGGGUAAAUGCGCGACCCCGCGCAUUUACCCGUGUUUAAAAAGCUAGUGGAAAAGGGGUAUAAGGUGGUAGAUUGUCAGCUACCUUAUUUAUUGACUUGUACAUGACCUCCAGCAAGUUUUAUACAUUGCUCAAACGUUCUAUCUACCUUUCAUUGUUUUCAGCCAUAUCAAUAGGCAGCGUUAUUUAUUUCUUCUUCUCUUGGUUCUAAAACAGUACGGCUGUGCUCUUUACAUUGGAUACCAUCGUAUCAAAAUAUCAGCUUUGUAUUGUAUCCCAAAUUAAAACAACUUCUAACCAAUGUUAGAUAUAUGUGUAUAUAUAUAUAUAUAUAUAUACAUAUAUAGAAAGUGUAGCUUCUCCGGCACUCCACAAAGCCCAAUGCUGGACUGAAGCUGCUCUGGUGCCCUCCCCAACCGGGAACCGGUGGUAUGCAAUGGAAAAAACGAGGCGGCACUCAGAGGCUUUCACUUCUAAAAUAUAAUUGUGCAAAUGGUGCAAAAGGUCACAUCAACGUUUCGGGGACCUGGUCCCAUUCUUCAGGAUAACAGUGGUGCAAAACAAGAGUGUUUAAAUAAGGUUAGAAACACUUACCCCCUGACCCCAUUCAGUCACAUGCUGCAGCGUUGGCCGCCCGCACGUGACUGCCGCCUGGCUCACUGACGCCUCAGCGGCGCCGGAAGUGAUGUCGCGGGAGCGAGCCGCGUCACCGUGGCAACCGCUCGAGACAUGUACACUGCUCGAGCGUCUCCUUCCGGCCGCGUGUCUCAUUUCCACCCAAACCUCCACAGAUCCCGCGAGCUUUGGAGCCAAAUCGCGGAAGCCAGCUGCGUUACCGAGGCAACGCUGUCUGCUGUGAAUAAACAAAAUAUCAUACAAUAACAUUAGUGACAAAACAUAAGAUGACCUUAUGAGGUCAAUGUAAAAGUGACAAAUCAUGUAAAAGUGCCAGUGCGAAUUGCAAAACAAUUAAAAACCACAAUUAGAAAUAUCCGAAGGUGCAAAGACUAAUGUGCAAAAUAACACCUUAAAAUUUUUAAAAUGGCCUACUGAUAUAUGUCAAAUAUGGCAACAACAUCCUAACCAAUUUAACCAUGAGAGCCCUAUAGCUUAUGCAAAGAUAGUCAAAGUGCCAGCGCGUGGCGCCCAGACUGCAUGACAGCUCCUGUCUAAACAUACUUUUGUGGGACACUAUAUAUAUAUAUAUAUAUAUAUAUAUAUAUAUA